GUGCGCCGCCGCCGUGGGCGAAGCGUCGGCGCAUCAGCCUGUACAGGGACGCGGACGAGACGGUGGAGGCGAGGCGCAGCCGCCUGCGCAGCGCGCUGAAGGACGCGGCUGUCAAGGGGGUGGAGACCUUGGUUGACGCGUCGCAGUACAUUCAGCGGCAGGAGCUCUCGUUCGACGAGGGCAUGGACCCCGCCUUGGAGUUCAUGUGGGUGAUGGGGUUGUCCCCCGCCGCCGUUUUCUGCCACCUCCUGGGGCAGCUGCGGAGGCUCUUCGCGGAUUGCUUGCGCGGUAAGCCUCGGGAGGUGUUGGAGCGCGUCCUGACCGACAUGCUGCUGAACGCGGACGUGUCGCACGUGCGGGACCUGGUGGUCGCGGUGGUGCAACACCUCGUGAAGCUGCCCGCCCCGCGGGGCGAGGCGGAGAGGCAAGCGAUCUGCAGGCUGGGCGAGGCCUUCCUCCGCGACAGGGCCUCCCUGGAGCAGCUGCCGCACUCCCUGCAGAGGCGCGUCUGGGAAGAGCAGCCAGAGCUCAUCGCGGACAGGGUGGAGCCGCUGGCGGCCGAGUGGGUGCGUGGUAUGCGCGAGCGCUUGGGAGUGCUGAUGAUAGACUUGAAGCAGAAGCCGCCAGAGCUGCGUCGGCGGGAGGACAAGCUGUUGCAGAGGCUCGCCGAGCUGGUGGGCACAUCCGCCUCGCUGUACCGUGCCGUGCGGCAGUUCCUCCAGCGCCGCUUCGAGCACGCCGCCGACUCUGGCGGUCCAGCGCUGCGGCUACCAGCGCCGGCCAGAGGGGGCGCGGAUACCCGCGCUGCCGCGGCGGGCGCGCCGGUGUCGCUGGGGCGCGAGCCGUUGCUGGCAUCGCUGCGCUCGCAGCUGCUCUUGGUGCUGGUGGACAGAGGCGUGCUGCGUCAGUCCUUCGGGCCCUGGGCGGUGACAUCAACGUUUCGCGAGCAGUCUCUCAGUUACGGGAUGAGACUGACCGUGAGAGGUGGGAGGGUGAGCGGCACAUCCGAGCUCCAAGGCAUCAGCGAGGUCAACGGCACGCUCGACGGCUCCAGACUAGUCUUCCGGCAGGUAGGGGAGGGCGUCUCUUACCAUUGUUCCUGUACCGUGUCAGACGACCAACAGCGCCUCUUGGACGGCGUUUGGCAUGUUCUUGGCACCUCCCUGAUCGCAGGGGAGCAGGGCUACUUCACCGCGUCCCGCGAGGGCCCAGUGGUCUUUCUCGACGCCGCGGGUGAGGCCUGGGACCCCGUGACCCCGCUGGUGGUGGCGCUGGACAGGGUGCACCAGCAGAAAAGCGGCAUCGACGCCGCCACGCUCGCAUCUCUGCAGCAGAUCUUCCGGGGCCGCCGCUCCGCCGCGGCGGGCGGUGCCGACGCGGUGCCGAGCCACGAGGACGUCAGGCUCGCGCUCAUGGACCCGUGCGUGGUCCAGUCUGUGCUCCGAGGGCUGCUGGCCUCGAGAUCCUGCGAGGACGGCCUGCUUGGUCCUGAGGCCCGCUUCGCACUGUGGAGCGCUGAUCCCGCAGACCUGCUUGGCAGCGUGCCCUCGGCCACGGCGCUGGCUGCUGCAGGCCUGCAGUGCGGCCACGUCGCCGCCACCCUGCAGAAGCACCGGCACUGCAACCUCUGCGCGGGGGAGCCGGGCGCGGCCGCGACGCUGAACGCCGAGCUCGUGGAGAUGCUGCGGGGUAACAUCCGUGCACUCCCCGAGAGGGUCCCAGCGCUGACGGUGGCGCGCCUGUUGCUGAACGCCCUCAUGAAUAAGAGUCUCUUGUUCAAGCACCGCGAGGCCUUUCAGAGUUGCCUCCUCGUCGCGGCCGAUGUCGAGCGCGAGCUGGCCCAGCCGGGCUCGGCCCUGGACUGGGUGAUGCUGCAGCAGGUCGAUAUGCUGGUGGGGACCGCGCUGCACUUGCGAGACAAGUUUGACACUGGGCUGCGCAAGACUGUCACCGAGCACCUGUUCGCUCUUGCGCGCAGGGACCCUUGGGUGCACAGCCGCGUGGCCAAGCUGCUGGAGGUAUACCAGCUUCCCAGCUUUGCCUCGUCGAGAGAGGAGAUUAACUCCCUCACAGAGACCCUCAACCACGGGGCAUUGAAGGACAAGCACUACGACUGGUCAGUGGAGCUGUCGGAGGCGUACGUGCCCGUCCUCCGCAACAAGGCCCACUUGACCUCGAUCUACCGCGACUGCAGGCUCUGGAGACAGGCUGUGCACGGAGGCGCUGCCGUGACGGCGCCAGGUGGGGCUCCGCUUCCUCCGAGUGCCGGCGGCGCGGCGGGCCCGGCAUCUUUGGGGCUGUCCGCGAGCGUCGGCUCGCGCGAUGCGCUGAGCGCAGAGGACGCCAUCGUGGCUCCCAGGGUGUGCGAGAGGGUGCGCAAGUUCUGCACCGAGGGCGGCAGCACCAGAGAAAGGGCCCUGGAGGCUGCCUCGUUGCUGUCGGACUCGUUCCGGGGGUCGCACGGGUGGCUCGCCGAGCGGGCGGCCCGUGCCAGCCCCGCGCCACCAUGGACACCUGAGAGGAUCCUGCGCAGCCUGUUGAGGCGGAAGAUGGUGGCGGAAUUCAACGCCCACAAGGCCGACCCCUUGCUGAUGCCUGUUAACGGGGUCUUGCGCAUCCCUUCAUGGCUGGAUCCCUUCAUUCAGGUGCCGGAGUGGCGGAUGGUGGUCUACGAGCUCACCAAAGAGUUUCGUGGUCAAUCGUCGUCCUUCCUUUUGGCCGUGCUACUGCAGAUGUCGGAGGCGGAAAGCUACAAGGAAGAGCUCGCGUCCAACCCCUCGAGCACCUCCAAUUUCAUUGUGUUCUGUCGCACCUUUCGCACCGAGCUCACGCGCUUCUUCGACCUCCUGAACAAGGACGCUUCCCUCGUAACAUGUGCCAUCGACGAUUUCUGCAAAGUCUGCAGCUUCUCCGAGUACACCUACGUGUACUCGCAGGCGGUGUUGCAUCGGUUGAUGUGCGUCAGGCCUGAGGAGCGACCCUACCUACAAUAUGUUAGCCAGGCUCUCACGGACGCCGCCAUGGAGCGCAGCAGCAACGUGCUGCGCCAGGACCUUCGCUUCAAAUUCUCGUCUGCCGGUGAGUACUCUGAGAUCUUCAGCAUCCUGCAGUCGAUGAGCCGCUUCGGCCGGCACGUCAAGGUCGAGCCUGGGGAGGUCUCGAAGCUCUCUGGCCUGGUGCAGGGGCUGCUGGACUGGGCGGUGCCUGGGCCGCAGGGGCCCCCGACGCAGCCGCCCCCGAAGGCCCACGAGGAGGCCCCGGGGGCGGCCCCGCCGUCGGCCUCCAAGGCGCCCUCGGAGGGCGGCACGGAGGCCAUGAGCGACGCUGGCAGCUGGCUGGACCCCGAGGACCGCGACGAGUGGGCGGCGCCCCCCUCGGACGGGCCCACGCCGGAGCCCGGCCUGGGCGCGCCCGCCUCGGAGGGCGGGGGCCGCGCCCUCUUCCCCGCCACGGGCUCCGUCUGCGAGUCGGAGCCCGACGAGGACGGCGAGGGCCGCUCGAGGCGGGUGCAGAUCUCCGUGGCGGGCUCCUCGCUGAUGACGCCGAAGGACGGGUCCACCACGGGGACGCCCAGAAGGCCAGGGAGGCCGUCCGCGACCCCAACGGGGCUGUCAGAGCGCACCGCCAGCAUCUUCCACAUGCCCGCGGUGUCGUCCGCAGCGUCUGGCGGCGCCCGCCCGGCGCCGCACGACGCCGGGCAGGGCGCCGUGGGCUUCCCAGAGAGCCCCGAGGCGCAGGGGCUGCUGCAGGCCCUGCGCUGCCCCCACCUCCUGGAGGCCGUCCUCGCAAGGUUCCUGGAGCCGUCCUCGGUCCUCGGCGCCUGGGAGCUGCGCGCCUUCGCGCGCCUCCUCGCGGCCAUGACCGUGGACGGGCUCUGGCCGGGCUUGGGCGCAGACAAGCCGGGCCACCGCGACCUCGCGAGGGGCACGAUGGCCGCCUGCGCGGAAGAGCUCGAGCGGGUGUACCAGGUGGCCCCCUAA